AGAAAGUCAUUGUAGUGUUUAAAAAAGCAAAUACUCUUAGAUCCUGGAUUUUCCACUACUGACAGAUUGUGAUUUACUGUUUAGUCACAAUGAGGCGAAGCUCAAGUAUUGCCGGAAGCAGUGGUCGGCAAUCUAUGAUGGCACUGAGAGUGCAGGACAACAACAAGAUGGGUCUUCAAACACCUCAGAUGAAGGACAGAGGUACAUUUGGGAAGCUGAGCAUGAGCAAACCUACACCUGGAACUUCGGAAAGAAAAGUCAGCUUUUUUGGGAAGAGAACUAGUGGGGCUGGAGGUUCACGCAACAGUCAGUAUGGUGUGUUCGGUACAGAAAAGAUCAAGGAUCCCAGGCCACUUCAUGACAAGGCAUUCAUCCAACAAUGUAUCAAGCAGCUUUGUGAGUUUCUUGUUGAGAAUGGUUAUGCCCAUAACGUUUCCGUGAAAUCACUACAGUCUCCUUCAGUUAAGGACUUUUUAAAAAUCUUCACGUUUAUCUAUGGAUUUCUCUGCCCUUCUUAUGAGCUGCCUGACUCAAAAUUUGAAGAGGAAAUUCCCAAAGUUUUUAAGGAGCUUGGGUACCCCUUUCCUUUGUCAAAAAGUUCCAUGUACACAGUGGGAGCACCACACACGUGGCCUCAGAUCGUGACAGCUUUGGUUUGGUUAAUUGAUUGUGUUAAGUUGUAUGCUGCCAUGAGGGAAAAUGCACCAUCGUUUGAUGAUGGACAGAGCUGGGGAGGAGAGACGGAUGAUGGAAUUGUACAUAAUAAGCUUUUCAUGGACUAUUCUGUGAAGUGCUAUGAGCAGUUCAUGAAAGGGAGAGAUACUUUUGAAGAACUGGAUGCAGAAGUGCAGUCAAAAUUAA